AUGCACGGGUCGGGCUACACGGGCUUUGCAGCAGCUGAAAACCGCAGGCAGCAGCUGAGGAAACGACGACAAGCACAGCGGGGGGGAAGCAGAGAUAGAAACGACAGCACAGACAGCAUCGACCGGAGUGCGGUGGUGGCACGUGUGCACAGACUCACACAGGAUGGUGCCUGUCCCGUCGACGUGCUUGCUUUGCGGAAGAUCCAAAAAGAGUUGAUCGGAGAUUGUGCGAAAAAGUCCGCCUGGAAGGUUUCCGAGGAAAAAGAGUUCAGGCACCGAGAGAGGAAAAUCCGCGUGGAGGAGCGUGGAGAGAUAUCGUGGAGAAGGGAAACAUAAGAGGUAGCAGUGAAGGGGCUGGUAGAGGUGAGAGCUUGUUGAAGUCAGUUUGGAUCCAUUGCGGCGACGAUCCACUGAUCGUAGAUCGUACAAGCCGGACCCGCCGCAAAUUGCCCACAGCGGAGGACGCAGCAGCAGCAGCAGCAGCAGCAGCGGCAGAGGCAGCCGCACGUACCGACGAGAGGGCAACAUCGGAACACGUGUGCGCGACACACACACGUGGUCCCGGAGAGAUCCCAACAAAAGCUCGAUCGGAGAUCCUGCAGCCUCGCUUCUGAAAGAGUCAACGGCAGAAGCAGCUCAGCGGGGUGAGAGGAAGAUCAGGGGACAGGCAGCAGCAGCAGCAGCGGGAGGAAGCAACAGUCAAAGGGGCCGAGGAGAAGGAAGCUUCGAGACACGCGUGCUGGGAGCACACACACACGUGGAGGCCCGAACGGAACUGUGCUCGCGACCCCGUGAUCGAUUGGAGAUCGAGCAAGGCGGUCGCUAGGUCCAGCAGCAGCAGACGGAGCCGAGGUACCGAGAGCGGGAUUGGGUGCAAAGAGCAUCUAGAAGAUCUCUGAAACCUGAACAGAAGAUUGACAGACGUCAAAGGAAUAGCAGAUCAUUACUGAGUAGAAACCUUUGAACGUACGUCGGCGGCAUGCACAUGUUCCGCGCCCAGUUGUUGUCGUUGACUGUUUUGGCGUCUUUCUUAGGAGUGCGACGAGAAAGGACCCUGGCUCUUGCGGUUGAAGGUGGCGGGGAAGUAGGAACAGGGGGUGGCAGUGUCGGGGGUCUGGGGGAACAUGGGCUUGAGUGGGGGGUGUCUCAGAAAGAGCAACACGGCGGGUGUUUCUCUGUUGGUGUGACCGGUGGCAGUAUCGAUCAGCAAUGCCGCAAAGACGUUUGUGCGCCGAAAUAUGGGUGCGACAGCUUUAACCUAACCACUUCGGUGGAAAGCGGAUUUCUGUUCGAUACGGUGUCGGGAGUGCUGAAGGGGGGAGGGCUUGGCCCUUGUGGUUGCAGGUGGUAAGGAAGUGGGAACAGGGGGUGGCAGUGUCGGGGGUCUGGGGGAACAUGGGCUUGAGUGGGGGGUGUCUCAGAAAGAGCAACACGGCGGGUGUUUCUCUCUUGGUGUGACCGGUGGCAGUAUCGAUCAGCAAUGCCGCAAAGACGUUUGUGCGCCGAAAUAUGGGUGCGACAGCUUUAACCUAACCACUUCGGUGGAAAGCGGAUUUCUGUUCGAUACGGUGUCGGGAGUGCUGAAGGGGGGAGGGCUUGGCCCUUGUGGUUGCAGGUGGUAAGGAAGUGGGAACAGGGGGUGGCAGUGUCGGGGGUCUGGGGGAACAUGGGCUUGAGUGGGGGGUGUCUCAGAAAGAGCAACACGGCGGGUGUUUCUCUCUUGGUGUGACCGGUGGCAGUAUCGAUCAGCAAUGCCGCAAAGACGUUUGUGCGCCGAAAUAUGGGUGCGACAGCUUUAACCUAACCACUUCGGUGGAAAGCGGAUUUCUGUUCGAUACGGUGUCGGGAGUGCUGAAGGGGGGAGGGCUUGGCCCUUGUGGUUGCAGGUGGUAAGGAAGUGGGAACAGGGGGUGGCAGUGUCGGGGGUCUGGGGGAACAUGGGCUUGAAUGGGGGUUGCCUCAGAAAGAGCAAGACGGCGGAUGUUUCUCUCUUGGUGUGACCGGUGGCAGUAUCGAUCAGCAAUGCCGCACAGACUUUUGCGCGCCGAAAUAUGCGUGCGACAGCUUUAACCUAACCACUUCGGUGGAAAGCGGAUUUCUGUUCAAUACGGUGUCAGGGGUACCAGGGAAGACGGGGCCGAGUUUUGUUUGAUUUCGGGUGGAUGAGGUUGGGGUUUUGUUCGUUUUUCUCCAUCUAAGGUUCGUGCCUAGAGUUCAGCUGUAGUGUUUCGACAAAAGUUUUGUUGACUUAGAGGCAAACAUUCCUAGCUAUUGGGCAUCGAGUUAAUUUGGCUUGGCAUGACGGCCUUUACGAUCGACUUUUUAUGUAUGUCUGCAUUUAUCUGCAAUUCAAUUGUCGGAGGGCAAACAAAAUAAUAAAAAUAUUUUGACUAUAUAUUUUUUUCACAUGAUGAGCGGCACUGCGUCUGACUCUCCGCACUCUCCGCGGUCUUUCUUUUCACAAAAUGUGGCGUCCUGCAGCAGCGGAGGUGGCGGUGCUGCUGAAGCUCGUAGACUUUGUAGUCUAUACCACAGAGGUUACACUCACUGCUGUCACCGCUCUAUCACCGAGGUUGGUCUACACUGCUGUGAGAUCGGUAGGCCCGAGCGAGCUUUGGAAAGAGAAAUGUAGAUAAGUCUAGAUGUUCUUAUCAACUGACUCCCUGGUCAGGCAUUGAUGGGUGCUAGAUGAGAGUGAGCACAAAGGGGCGAAGGCGCGCUUGUGUCUCAUCUCAACAACAAUAC